AUGGCGCUCCGCACGUUGGCCGCGAAGAAAACCCUAGGCCUGGCGCUCGGCGGCGCCAGGGGCGUGGCGACGUUCACGCUCCCCGACCUCCCCUACGACUACGGCGCGCUGGAGCCGGCCGUCUCCGGCGAGAUCAUGCGCCUGCACCACCAGAAGCACCACGCCACCUACGUCGCCAACUACAACAAGGCGCUCGAGCAGCUCGACGCCGCCGCCAGCAAGGGGGACGCGUCCGCCGUCGUCGGCCUCCAGAGCGCCAUCAAGUUCAACGGCGGCGGUCAUGUUAACCAUUCAAUCUUCUGGAAGAACCUCAAGCCCAUUAGCGAGGGUGGUGGUGAGGCACCUCAUGGCAAACUUGGCUGGGCCAUUGAUGAGGAUUUUGGUUCUAUUGAGAAACUUAUAAAGAAGAUGAAUGCAGAGGGUGCUGCUUUACAAGGAUCUGGAUGGGUGUGGCUAGCUUUGGAUAAAGAGGCCAAAAGGCUUUCAGUUGAAACUACUCCUAAUCAGGACCCUCUUGUGACCAAAGGGUCAAACCUGCAUCCUUUGUUGGGAAUUGAUGUCUGGGAGCAUGCGUACUACCUGCAGUACAAGAACGUGAGGCCGGACUACCUGACCAACAUCUGGAAGGUGGUGAACUGGAAAUACGCUGGAGAAGAGUAUGAAAAAGUGCUUGCGUGA